GUGGCUUUGUCAGUGCUACCGUACUUGCAGUUUGUCACGUACAUGAUUACAUCCCCAGAUGCAAGUUGAAAAUCCCGGAGAAGUGUUUCUGCUUUGCUUUCCGCGGCGACAGUAAUUAUGGUAGUUUUAUCGAUUGAUCUUUUAUUCUGCGGUUACAGCGUCCGAGCCGAUGAAUACAAGAGAAAUUUUACACUUCCUGCCUUAAGUGCCGCUGACGUUCCUGGCUUUAUCCCCAUCAAAUCCCAUGUACAAUGCGUCUUCAUUUGAUUUCAUCCAGGAAAUGUUAAGUUCACCAUUUUCCCAUAACAAUCGGUGUCUUCAGCCGUAAAUGGGCAUCAUCAUUAUGAAACCAAGCCUACUGUGAAGAGCAACUGGUUGGUUGGUCCGUGGUUAUAUCUGCUGACUGAGCAAACACACAAGUGACAGCUGAACUCAGGCGCUGCUCUCUGUGCCCGCGCUCUCCCUUGCUCCUGUAUUCCGUGAUUGAGGUUCCCUGCAGCUUUGCCGUCUGGCCCGCGUUAAGUGCAUUAAUAUAGUCUCCACUCACAUCCGCUCCCAUGGCGCAGAAGGAAGAGUACUCCUACACCAUGUUGGCUAAGCUGCUCAUCGUCUUUCUCAUCGUCCAUCUGCUGGCGGUGAUCACGCUCAUCCUCAUGUUCUCCGCCGAGCAUGAAGUGGCCAGCAACACCAAAGUCCCGGUUUCGUCGGUGUGGUGCUCGGGAAAGGAUGUCCUGACACGGCGCUGUUAUUUUAAGAAUUUGUGCUACCAUCACAAAGAGGAUGUGUUUGUGUUUGUGCACGGCGCGCAAUCCGUGCGACAGGGAUUGCCGCGUAAUCGCCAGGAAGCGCUGGCCGAUUUAACGGGCGGCGUGGAACAGCACGGUAAUGCUAAGCUGUACUUUAAUUACGUGGACAUCCCGGAGAAAGCCGUGCGUAAGGGCAAUUUGUCGUCGACCAUACUGCCGGAUAAAGUGGUGCUGUUUAAGCGCUUCAAACCGGAUAAUCUCAUGCAUGUGGUGCAUGAUGAUUUACUGCCGUUGUUUUUUACCCUCAAUGAUCUAGAGCAUGCCGGUGCUCGGGAUUAUCGGGUGUUUUUUGUGGAUGAUUACGGUCAAAGCGAGCACUUGGAUCUGUACCGGUUGUUCCGUUCGCGGACAUUUCCAAAUUCCCAUCAUCCCUUAUUGAAAUCGACAGUGAAAGCCGAGGGCCUGCAGGAUUCAGAGGCUGAUUUAAUUUGCUUUGGUACGGCUGCCGUCGGUGCUCCGGCUAAUACGCGAUGGUAUCAAUAUGGAUUUGAUCGUCCUCAAGGACCAGUUUCCAACAUCCCCCUUUCUGGGCAAAACAUCCGGUCUUUUGUUGAAUUUGUUCGGUCUGGUUUGGAAAUUCAGAAAUAUGACAUCGAUAUGCCGCGCUUCGCUGUCCGUGUACGCCAGAAGUAUCCUUAUGCUGUAUUCUUUAGCCGCAAAACCAACCGGCGCAUCAUCAACGAAGCCGACCUAAUCCACGCAAUUUCCGCUGAGUUUAAGUUGCGUGUCGUCAGUAUCAACUUUGAAACACACUCUCUGGCGGAAAUUGUGCAUUUACUGGAGAACGCCACUAUGCUUGUGUCGGUGCACGGAGCACAGCUGGUACUAAGUAUGUUCCUACCGGAAAACGCUGUGGUGGUUGAAUUAUUCCCCUACGCUGUGCCGGCCGACAGCUAUACUCCGUACAAAACAUUAGCCGGGAUUAGCGGAGUGAAUUUGAUCUAUCGGGCCUGGGAAAACAAAGAUUCCGCUAACACUGUCGUCCAUCCCAAUUAUAAGCCGGAGUACGGGGGGAUUAUCCAUUUGUCCGUAGAAGAACAGAUAAGCAUUAACGAGACAGUUCCCGUUGGUCCCCAUCGCUGCUGCAUGGAUCCCGUCUUUUUGUACAGGAUUUACCAAGAUACUAUCGUCGAUGUGGCGUCAUUUACCACAGUAGCAGCCGGCGCCUUGAUGGAACGCGAAAGACGCAUAAACAGUACGGUCAAUGCUACGGAAAAUGCUGAAGAUUUGGUCCCCAGUGCGGUGCGGAAUAUUAAUUGCUCGUUCCUCAAUCAGAGCGGCGUAUUUCACAUCGAUUGGGAUGUUCCGUGGAAUCUUAAAUAUCUUGGCAAUAAAAGUGUUCAAUAUUCCGUAAAAAUACAGAAAAUGGGAGAGCCAACCUAUACACCGUAUUAUACACCGGAGAUACAUAUCGAAAUACCGGCAAACGAGAAGGGAACAUAUUAUGUGUGGAUUUCCUCUCAGAUAGAUGGUAUUUCAGGAUUAGGUCAUGGCAUUCCUGGCAAAUGUAUCAAUCUUUGAGAAGAAUCAAAAUUUAUCAACGCUAUAUUUGAGGACGUUCAGCAUAAUUACAGUAACCUCGGCACAUAUUUCUGCCAUUAACCUUCUCUGCUCAAGCCGAGAUUGCAAUUUUGGCACCCGGCUGUUUCUUCGCCAAAGUUUUUAGCUGUAAAAUUUAUCGUAUAAUUAUUGCUUUUAGCUUCUGGGAUUUUGAUGCAUCUGUCCUUCAUUACCAGUGAUCUCGUAUUCCUGUGGAAACCUAAGAUGGUGACAUCUUAAUAUCUCAAAAGAGUUGUGCUUACCGGCCGCCAAGAGCCCUCUUGUGUGUAAUUACAGUUAUAUUGUUUUUAAUGUUUUCAAGUUUUUGGCGCCUUUUCUGUCGGUAUGUAGUGCUCUUCUCCGCUAGGAUUUUUAUCUUUCUAUCUUAAUACCGCAGUGUGACUGUGCUUCGUGGUCCAUCAAUCACAAAAGUUAUAUAUUCUGUUUGCUUAAGCAGUUAGCGCUGUACAUGAAACCAUAAAAAACUUUGAU